GCGUGACGUCAUUUAUAGACGCCCCCUUAACAGGUAUGCUUAAUAAUGAAAGCUAAACGUGUGAUUUUUUUUUAUUGGAGGGUUUUGAGUUUUACACAUUUGGUUAGAUGUCAACUGAACCAAAUCAUGUUUACGGGAUCGAUUAAAUUAUGAAUGCGGGACUGUAACGAGAAGUAAAAUAGAUGUCGACUGACUACGAAAUGACCUGAAAUGGAUCCGAAACAUCGACACCGAUGAUGGCAUUGGAAGACAAUGGUGAACACGUGGGUUUCGCGUGUUCGUGACAUCGUUUUUGCCUUCACAGGAGGGUUUCUGGGGAAAGGAACUGUGUUGGCAGCCGAAGAAAAGGGCGGGAUUGGGAAAUGCGUCCCAGAGGGGAUAUCGAGGACUGAGAUGGGGCGAAUGGGGGUCACCUCGCAUCGCAGGCGCUGGUGGGCGAUUGUCCCACCGCGUCACCCCACAAACUGAGGGGUGACGCGUUGACGUUGAACUUCUUUGGCGCCGUACGUUCGCCGCUCGUCGGCUUGGGGGGAAGGCCAUCGUUCGGGAGUGGAUUGCCCGCGGCUGAUCGUGAUGAAGUAACACAAAGGGGGCAGACAUCAUCGUCGCUGCUUGCAGCGGACAUCGCGGAUGUCGCCAUGUUCACCUGAAGAAGGGCCGCUUGUGUUGCGUCCGAAACGUCGUCAUUUAUUUGUGUUUUAUUUUUCUACCCACGUGAUUUCUUUACCGAAAGAACCAAAGAGCAUGGAUUGCUGCAGUCACGAAAGCUUCAAAUAAAGAUUGACACAAGGGUCUCGAGAUGCUUGCCCAUGGCUACUAUAUCAGCAGACAACAUAUGGGAGGAAGAGCAUCGAUCAUCCGUGUAGAUCAUCGAUCAUGCGCGAGGAGACCAGUGUCCUGUGGGAGAUGUCUGGAGAACAUCUUCCACCCCACGGAUGGACUCGGCAUGGAGGGCGUGGGCAAGGGAGAGGUCAUGGUGGACGAAGACAUCACAGCACUCACUCCGAGAACCCUGACGUCCGCUUAUCAAAGACUCUGUCCUACGCUCUGCGGCACGGGGCACAUCGACUGGGCCUUCACAUGGGCAGCGAUGGAUUUGUGGACGUGCAGGAGUUGCUGGCCCAGCGUAGCCUGGCUGGGUACGAGGAGGCGGAUUUGAGGAGAGUCGUGGAGUCCAACGACAAGCAGAGGUUCGCUCUGCGCGCCCACCCAACUACGGGCAGCCUGCAGAUCCGCGCCAACCAAGGCCACUCGCUACAGGUGGAGGAGCUGGACCUGCAGCCCAUCACGCUGCACGGCUCGGACUUGCCGGAGUGCGCGGUGCACGGCACCUUCGCGCGCCACUGGCCGUCCAUCCUCCGUGAUGGGCUCAGCCGCAGGGGACGCGCGCACAUACACAUGGCGCCGGGAGAACCGGGAGCGGAGGGCGUCAUCAGCGGAAUGCGAGGGAACUGUGAAAUCGCAAUUUAUAUUGACAUUGAAAAAGCAUUGCAAGAUGGGAUCCCGUUUUACCGCUCGGCCAAUGGGGUGAUCCUGAGCUCUGGAAACGCGCAAGGGGUGCUACCCCGACAGUACUUCCAGCGAGUGAUGCAGCUGCAGCCCGAGCGAAAGCAGUUACCGUUGGAGGGUGACACGCCCAGUUGAGCUUCAAAGUCUGUGGCCGACACUUCCUUCCCCAGGGUCAUCAAGAUCCCUACCUGGACCUGACAUGGAAUAUUCAUAUGUCUUAUCGUUGGUAUCCCGAGGGAAAGGCCCACUGAGGUAGCAAAGCUCUUUGUCAAGGGUGAUACGCAUGGAAGAGAUGGGUACAGGAUUGGCACGGCAGACAUUUGAAUGAUUAAAAAAAGCAGCGGUAUGGAGGCAGUGGGCCUGCUCCACAUCUUUCUGCCCCCUGCUUUUCGUAACUGGUUUAGUUCAUGUCGACGGUGCUUGCGUGCAUCACGACGUGUAUUGCUUCAAUAAAAAAAGCUGCAUUCUAACAACAUUUCAUACAACCCAAACUAUGGGCCGUACGGUAAACCACUCGAGUAUGUGUACCUUCAAUGGAGGAAGAGCAAAACUACACCACUGCCCUCGUGGCUAGCAGACCUCGACAUUGGCAUUUAGCUCCCGGACAUAUUGCCAUCAUAUGCAAGAAUAUAAUACGAAACACAUUUUGUGCAUGCACCUUGUACAGUACUACAUUACCAAACUGUGUAUCGUUGAGAUGUCAACUUGCACACUUGAGCACGCAUUCACAGAAAUCACAGACCACCAAAGCUUGAAAACGUUAAUAGUUCGGUGCACUUUGUGUAUUGUGAAAGAGUAGAAGUAACAUCUGUCGACUUUAGCUGUUAAGUCCAAGCUAUUUAUUCAAUCCCAAUUAUCUCAAUUGUUGAACUUCCAAUGAGUGGACUUUAUUUUGAACCAGGUGAGAGACCAUUGAAAGAGACUAAGUUACAUUUUGCAAAAUCAGCCCCCGAAUAGAAAUAAUAAAAUUUGGCAUUGCAACGACUUAGUCCUGAAAAACAAAUAAAGACAUAACACACAGUCGUAAGAUCAGAGUAUUUAAUAACGUCUAGAAAAGGUUUACUCAAAGAUAUCAGCACGGUUGGCUUCGUAUGGUGCGAAAGAAGUUCAAGACACAUCCAAGUCUCAGCUCAAAAGGGACGUUGGGAUGGUGUACAUCUUGAGCCACGAGCCGUUUGUGGAAGUUCUACAUUCUUAUGAAUUAAUGGGGUUUACUUUCAUCGCGCGAGGCUGUACAAAAUAAAUACUUUCACCGGUCAGUUUUCACUAUUUUAUUUUACUUUGGAUUUUGGCAGGAAUCCCUUGUGAUGCCUUUGUUCGUGCACGUGGCCGUACAUUUGUCUCACCACGUGGCGGCGCUAAACGACCGUGUGAUUUUUGUUCCCCAACGAAACGGUAACGCAACUUUCAUCACGAUAUUAUUCGGUGACGUUGCGUUUGGCAGUGGUGGUGCAAGCAACAAAGAUGUCAACACGUUCGUUGAAAAUGGGCCAUUUACCAUAGCGUCGCUAGAAUUUUUUCCCUUUUGAGGCACUGUAAUUGGCAAAAGUUAUGAGUUUUGCGUUGCUUUGAUGACCUCCUUGUGAACAUAUGCAUGCUGUACAUGAAACAUCUACAACUGGCAAUAAUGAGACACUUUGCCUCUUUGUUACGUAUAAGUCCCUACCAGAUGGCUGCGAGGAACUCGUAUUCAAAAGAGGGUUCACGCUUUGUCAUUUAAAAGUUCUUGGCAGCUGGCUGUUUGUGGGCCGUUUGAAACACGUUUAAAUUAUGCUGUUUAUUACACCAUUGUGCUAAGAUUCAGAAUCUUGAUUUAUCCUGGAGAAAUCCGAUGACCUACGAAGCUCUUUUUCACAGAUGUCCAGGCUAACAAUAGUCAGCUCUUUGGCGAUCGAAGGGAAUGAAUAACGACAACGCGUAGUAAGCCACUGUAGCUUAAUGUUAUAAAGGGGCCCUAAAUACAAAAAAUAUACACAUUAAAACACA